GCGAAGAAAUCUGCACGCCUACGACCUACGAUUACUAGUACCAAUUAGGACAUGAAUUCCUACACGACAUCAAAAUUCAAACAAAUUAUAGUACUAGUACUUUGGGCCGGUAAAUCAGUAAAAGGAAACAGUAAUCUGGGCCGGGGAUAAAGAGGGAUCACCACAUAUGCAUCUAUGGAGAUUGGAUAGCAACCAACAAAAACCAACCGUGCCGGGUAUACAAACUACAAGCAGAAGCGGAAGCCGACCUAUAUAUGAGUCCGGAGGAAACACGUCAAGAAAGCAGAGCUCCGUAGCAGCACAAAACGCAGCGCGCCAAGCAGGCCAUUGCGGUGCACGAACCCUCGAGAUUCGCCAAGCAGAUAGAUGGAGGCCACUGCGACGGCGGCGCAGGGACUACGGGACUGGUCGUCUCUCCCGUUGGACAUGCUCGUGCUCGUCCUGGAUCGGCUCGGGUGGUCGACCCACCCGAGCUUCGCAUUGACGUGCCGGCACUGGCGCUCCGCCGUGUCGCCCUUCUACCCGGCGUGGAUCACGCCUCUCCUCCUGAGCGCCGCCGACAUCGGCGUCACGAACGUCAGGUACUACAGCCCCUACUACCACAGGUGUUUCGAGAUCGCCGACACGCUCCUCAAGGUGCCCAAAAUUGCGGCUAGGAUCUGCUGCUCCAGUGGACAACACCUCACGCUGUGUCUACCUAGAUUGAUCCUCCAAGCCGAUCUCGUAGCCGGCACCAUGUAUGAGCUGCCAGAGAUGCCUUUCUAUUCAUUCGAGUUUAUUGUCUACGAUGAGCACGCGCGGAGGAUGUAUUGCGUCAACACGACGUACGCGCUACAGCUCGCCCGUGCGACCCAACAAGACGACGGCGAGUGGGGGCCCUGGGAAUUAACGGACUUUGACGUGGAAGGACCGCAACUUCUGGCGGCGCCGAUCAGCAACCCGGUGCUCCAUGGUGGUUUGUUGUAUGUUCUUGGUGAAGACGGGAAGAUGGCGGUGUAUGAUCCAUGCAACCACGACAAUAAUUUUACAGUUCCCGAUAAACCUAAGGGCUUUGGAAUCAAACACCAAGUUGAUAGCCACCUGUUUGAGUCCGACCAAGGCGCGCUCAUGGCUGUCCUCGUCGGCUACAGUGGUGCGCCUAUCCAUGUCGUCAAGCUCAACGAAGAGACGAUGGAGUGGGAGAAGAUGCGGUCAUUGGAAGGACAUGCGUUGUUCACCGGGACAUACACGACAAUGUUGAGGAAGACUAAGCUUAGAUUGAUGCAAAACAAGGUGUUCCUCCCGAGGCUGUAUGACUGGCCUGAGACUAUCCAUGUCGACAUUGUUACACGUGAUGGCGAAACAGCAUUUGUACCAAAGUCAUCCAGUUCGUCUAACACCAAGGAGAUCACCUCGGACAUAAAUAUUUGGUUCUACGAGUUUGGGCAGCAAGACGCAAGAGAGUUUUGGGGAUCGGAGAGAGUAGAUUAUAGUAUUUGGGUUGAUUUUAGUACUAAUUGACACAAAUUGACGUUGUUAGCUCUUAUAUUUUCAUAUAGUGAAUCAUCUCACAAUGAAGUUACUCUUCUUUCAGGCCAAAAUCAAAAUCGACGCAAAUGAAAUUUGAUAUAAUAUUUCUUUGUUGGUUGAAACAUGGCGCUAUUAAUAUUAUGCACUCAGCCAAUGCAAUUUUUGCAUGAAUUGAUAUUGAUAUUUGUGCACAGUAAUUUAUGAGGAUUUAAGGGAAUAAUAAAAUUAUAGGCUUGGAUGAUUUUCUCGGAAAAUUUGAAUUUUUUUGGGAGGGAAGGAUUUAGGGUUUGGGUGAUUCACAAGGAUUUAGGCAAGUUUUGAAUUUCAAAAUUCGAACCUUGGGAUUUGUAAUGGAACUUUGGGAUGAAGUUUUUGGGAUAUCAAGGAGAGACCCACCGAGAUCUUUUGGCACACUUAAGUCCUUGAGGAU